AUGUUUGAGGAGUUUCUUGAUAGUAAAGAAAAGAAAGUGUUUAUUUAUACAUCUACACAAGCUGCUAUGGGAUAUUCUAAAUUGAGAGGAAAACCAAUGGAUGAAACUUCUGUAUGUGAACCUAGUUUCGAAUACGGAAAGACAAAACUGGAAACAGAGAAAAAACUACAAGAAAUGAUGGACAAUUAUAUGUUGAAAUCUGGAUCUCCAAAGCACUUAUAUAUUUUGAGAUUAACAGGAGUAACAGGAAGAAACGACACUUAUGCAGCAUUUGAAUUGAUACAAGCAAGUGCUUUCGGUCAAUCAAUGACAAUGAAGGAGGCUAUUGAUUGUACAUGUGAGGCUACUGGAUGGCCAAGACCUUUAUUUUCUAUACCACUGCCAUGGUUUAGGGUUUUUAUUGAAUAUGUUUCACCAAUUAUUAAUUGGACAAGAUCUACAAUUUUUGGAUUUGGAAGAGCAUCAUUUUUGUUUGCUCCGGAGACCAUCGAUUGUAUGGAGCAAAAUCAUUCAUUUUCAUCUGAAAAGGCUAUGACAGAAUUAGGAUAUAGUCCAAUGUCAACUAGAGAAGCUUUUCUGACAAGUAUUUCAGAACAUACCAAUAGGCUUCCAUCUAAAAGAAGUAUCAAGAUUUUACAGUUUGGUUUUUUAUUAAUGUCAGCUUAUUUGAUUUUAAGAACCGUUAAACUUAUUUUGUAA